UGAAAACUUUCGGCGAAAAGGGAAAGAAAACACCACAGGAGAUUUCGUGUGUGGCUCCAAAGUCUCCUUCUCUUCCCGCUGUCCUCUCCUCUCCUCUGCUUUCCUCUCUCCAUCCUUGGGGUUAGACAUGGCGUUGAUGUCUUCUUUAAGUUCCGCUCUCUGUCCUUCUCGUCGUCCUUUCUUCUCUCUCUCUUGCUCCUCUUCCUCUUCCUCUUCUUCUUUUUCUCCUUCUUCAUCUGACACAGAGAACCGCAACAAUCAGAAGAAGUCCGUGAAGCUAAGAGACGACUGGAGGAAACGGUCCAAACCCAUCCCCCCCGGUGGUACCUACCCUGCUAAGGACCACUGCAGUCGAUGUGGGUUGUGUGAUACGUAUUAUAUUGCCCAUGUGAAGAAUGCUUGUGCUUUCCUUGGAGAUGGAAUGUCCCGGAUCGAAGAACUGGAGCCUCUAGUUCAUGGUAGGGGUCGGAAAGUGAAUUCAUUAGAUGAGACGUACCUUGGGGUCCAUGAGAAGCUGUUAUAUGCCCGAAAGACGAAGCCUGUAGAAGGUGCACAAUGGACAGGAAUUGUGACUACAAUUGCAAUUGAAAUGCUUAAGGCAGGCAUGAUCGAGGCUGUCAUUUGUGUUCAGAGCGAUCCUGAUGAUAAGCUUGCUCCUAGGCCUGUCUUGGCGAGGUCUCCUGAGGAAGUUCUUGCUGCCAAAGGCGUUAAGCCAACAUUAUCUCCCAACUUGAACACUCUUGCUCUGGUUGAGGCUGCAGGUGUAAAGCGUCUGCUAUUUUGUGGCGUGGGAUGCCAAGUUCAAGCAUUGAGAUCUGUGGAGAAGCACUUGAACUUGGAAAAGCUCUAUGUUCUGGGCACAAAUUGUGUGGAUAACGGAACUCGAGAAGGAUUAGAUAAGUUCUUGAAAGCUGCAAGCAGUGAACCAGAGACUGUUCUCCAUUAUGAGUUCAUGCAAGAUUACAAGGUCCACUUGAAGCAUUUGGAUGGCCAUAUUGAAGAGGUCCCUUAUUUUUGUCUACCAGCAAAUGAAUUGGUUGAUGUCAUCGCUCCAUCUUGCUAUAGCUGCUUUGACUACACAAAUGGUUUAGCGGAUCUUGUGGUUGGUUACAUGGGGGUUCCAAAAUAUUCUGGAAUCAGCAUGACUCAACAUCCACAAUAUAUUACAGUGAGAAACAAGCGCGGAUUGGAAAUGCUUAGUCUUGUGGAAGACCUAUUAGAGAUCACUCCCACAAUCAGUAGUGGCAAUCGAAAACCCUUUGUCAUGGAAACUGUGAAGGCAGAUGACAAUGCCAAGUUGGGCAAGGGCCCUACUCAACCUGCUCCAAAGUUUGUCGGAAAUCUAAUAGCAUUCAUUUUAAAUUUGAUUGGACCGAAAGGACUGGAGUUUGCCCGUUACUCACUCGAUUACCACACGAUUCGGAACUGUUUGUACGUGAACCGUGCUUGGGGAAAGGAAAGGGUUAUCUUCAAAAAUGGCUGCAGAGCAAGUAGGCACAUGCCUUCGUAUGCAAAGAAACUCGUGGCCAUGUACAACCAGAAGGGGGAGAUCGACGUGAUGCUUCUCCAAAAGUGAAUUCCCUCUGUGUAGUCUAGCAAAAGUGAGGAGUAGUACAUUCGGGCCUGUUGCUGUGCAUAUUCCGGUUUUAUGGUAAUCUAUUGAUGCGACGGUUAUCUGAUGAGAAAUGACUCGCAUCUGUUGUUGACUGUAACAGCAUUGUAUCAUCAAUAGGCGGUGGAAAUGAAAAUUUGCAGUACACCAUAGAGAAAAGUUGAAACA